GGUUUAGGCUUUUUUUCUUAUGACUAUUAGGACCCUGAAAACCCCCCUAGUUUUCAGUAUUCAUCUCCUCAAUUCUCCAGCUUAAGUUUAUGGCGACGGUGAACGAUGGAAGGGCUCGCUACGAAAGCGGUGGAGCCGAAGAAAAACCCCGUAAGAGGCCUUUUCGUCCAGAGAUGAAUGAAGAACCCCAGAGUGUUUCUCAGGAGGCUGGGCGAAAUAAUUCAACUGGAGGAUCAUAUGAAGGUGCGAAUUCUAUUAGCAUCUCUGCUUCCACUGGGGUAUCAGAGCUUCAACAAAUGUGCAAACAGAAAACCUUUACUUGGUCUAAAAUUCAACACCCAACGACUAUGGAAAAUCUCCCGGAUGAUGCUUUGGUAAACAUAUUCAUCCGAUUAUUGGCAAAACAGGUUGCUCAAAUGAGAUCUGUCUCGAAAUCUUGGAAUGCCUUCUUAUCUCAUCCAUCCUUUAUAAAAUCCCACCUCCAUCAUUCCAUCAAUAACAAGGAUCGACUUCUCUUGGUCUUCUACAACGAGACAUCUUCUUCUGACCCUGAACCAUUCACUGUACACCCAUGUCGAUCUCCAUAUCCCGAACCCACUAAUUUCAUCAAACUCCCUGCGGUUAAUCCCAAAUCUGGACAUACUACCAGCAGCAUCAGAGUCAUCGGUUCUGUUCACGGCUUAAUAUGCUCUCGUUACGGUUAUGAUGUCAUUCAAAUUUGGAAUCAUUCUAUUUCCACCGUGUCAACUCUCCCACCACAUUAUAUACCCUCCAGUGAUCAUAGUUAUGAAAUUUAUUUCCGGUUUGGGUUUGAUCCAAAAACAGAGGAUUACAAAGUUGUUAAGAUUAUAGGCCUUACCGGUACUUUACCACAUAUUGUUGAAGAGUGGCUGCAAGUUGAGGUUUAUAGCAUGAAAAGAGGUUCAUGGGAGUUUGUUUCUCAAAGGUUACCAUCGCACGUCAUAAUGCUAAUCAAUUGCGACGUCGUUUGUGUAGAUGGGCAUGGUGGAUAUCUUCAUUGGCAUGCCUUUAUUCUUGAUCAGGAGGAGGAGCUAGAAACGAUAGUGGCAUUUGAUUUGGGUUCAGAGACAUUCCGUGAGAUACGUUUUCCAGAUUCUGUACUUGAUAGCAAACGCUCGAAUGCUUUAGGAGGUUUGGGGGGAAAGCUUUGUGUGAUGUCAUGGUAUGAGGAGGAUGAUGUAUGUGAGGUGUGGGUGAUGGAUGAGUAUGGGGUGACUGAAUCAUGGGCGAAACAUUAUGUUAUGUCGCAUUUGCAUUUACCGAGUGGUGUAGGUUAUGGAUUCACAUCACACAAUGAGGUUCUUAUUGUAGAUGAUGAUUUCCGUAUUGUUUUGUAUGACCCAACUGCAAGGAAAGCUAAAAUCUUAGACAAAUUUUGUCAUGGAAAUGACAGCAUGGAAAAAUUUGUGGAGUAUAUCGACAGUCUUAUUUGGGUGGCACCUCCCAUGCGUGAGAUGGUGAAUGGUGCAUGACAAAGUUAAAAGCGAGAGAUGUUACCUUGUUUAACAUGUGGACAUGUACGUUUGAAUUUUAUCUUGUAAAAUCCUAAAGUUUUGUGGAGUCUAGGUUUUCGAGUUGUGCUAAGUUUUUCAAUGUUAAUUGAAGUGGUUUAAGUGUUUAAAAA